CGCGAGCGCGCGAUCGCCACCAACCACGCCAACUGGACCCGCCCGGUCGCCGACGCGGCCGGCUUUGCCGCCUUUUGCGACGGCUUCGAGCUGCUCGCGCACACGGAGAGGAUAGAGGCGCUGCUGCGCGAGCAGCCGCCGCUGCGGGCGACGCACCAGGCCCUGGUCCCGGCGGUCCUCUCCUACCGUGUGUUUUGGGAGCGGUACUUUUACGAGGUGGAGCUGCUGCAGCGCCAGCUCUCCUCUUGGGGCGAGGACGACCCGUUCGCCUCGUGGUGUGGAGCGGGCUCGACCCGAUAG